CAACAAUGGGUCGUCGUCCCGCUCGCUGCUACAGGUACUGUAAGAACAAGCCCUAUCCCAAGUCUCGUUUCUGUCGUGGUGUCCCUGACCCCAAGAUCAGAAUCUUUGAUUUGGGUCGUAAGAAGGCCAAUGUUGACGAGUUCCCCUGCACUGUCCAUUUGCUUUCUGACGAAUAUCAGCAGAUUUCUUCCGAGGCUCUUGAAGCUGCUCGUAUUUGUGCAAACAAGUAUAUUGUCAAGACAUCCGGAAAAGAUUCAUUCCACAUGAGAGUUCGUGUUCAUCCCUUCCAUGUUCUCCGCAUCAACAAGAUGUUGUCUUGUGCCGGAGCCGAUCGUCUUCAAACUGGUAUGCGUGGUGCUUUUGGUAAGCCCAUUGGAACCGUUGCUCGUGUGAACAUUGGUCAGGUCUUGAUCUCUAUCCGUACUCGUGACAACAACAAGGCUAUUGUUAUUGAAGCUCUUCGCCGUGCAAAGUACAAGUUCCCUGGUCGCCAAAAGCUCAUUGUCUCCAACAAGUGGGGUUUUACCAAACUCACUCGUGAGCAGUAUGUUGAAGAUCGUCAGGCAGGAAAGUUGCAGCCCGAUGGCUGUUACGUCAAGUACCUUGCCGAGAAGGGUCCCCUUGACAACUUCUUUAAGCGUGAACUCCGUUUGGCUGCAUCAGCUGGUAUUGCCGCCAACUAAAUUCAAAAAUAACAUUUAAAUCUAUCG